GUCCACGCAUACCAUCAAAACUUCACACAAGCUACUUCACCAGCAAGGUUGAACUGUACUCGAUCGAGUCGCGGAGUGGGGGCCAUGCGCCAUGCAUGUGGCAGGGGUACGACCUGACUACUGAUCUGUAGCUGCACCACACCACCAACUUGGCACCAAGUCCUUGGUGAAAGGAACCACGAGUUCGAGUGGUGGCUUGUCUUCUUCCUCUCUUUCUCCCUUCCUGGCUGCCACCAGGCCUUGAACAACGCCUGACCACACCGAGUGACUGGGUCCAGUGGCGUGACGGUGUAGAUCUACGUUGUGUGGAUGUUUGUCGAGGAGCUGGUGGAAAGCCCCUGCAUAUAAUUUUCCCAAUUCUGUGUAUGGCCUGAACUUGAAGCGAGAGGUGUACGUCUCAUGCUCGUGUCCAAUCCUGUGAUUGGUUGUGGUCGCUGAGAGGAGUGGCUGAUCAUGAACUGAACGUCCUACUCAAAUCCCUGACGAGUCACAGAGAGAGAAAGAGAGAGAGAGAGCGAGAGCAAAGCGGUGUUCCGAGAGGUGUUCAUGGAGGGAGACGCAGAAGGAGUGCAGAAAGGCGUUCCGCACUGCAACUGUACUGUGGAGGACGAAGAUGGCGGCCACAAGGAGCUUAAGAGGCAGGAGCCCGACGACGAUCUGGAUAUGCAGACACGGCCACGCUCGAACGGCCUUCUCUCCAGGACAUCGAGUCUUAGCAGUGCACGUGGUGUAGCUCGUUUACACAUCACACCGACUGAUGAUCAGUCAGUCGACAGUGCUCUGGGUGUGUCCUUACCGAUUACCGGAGACAGUGAUGAGGAGAACGACGAUCCUGCCAACGAAAGUACCUUCCAUCGCCCGUUAAACAGCACGCCAAAUCGGUCAGCCGGCACUGCACUUCAGCAAGAUCCGCUCAGCUGUGACAGCACGUUUUGCGGGUCGCCUCUCGGCCGCAGAGCCACGAAGAGCGACCAUGCUCUCAGCACUCUGUCGAUGAAAUCAACUGGCUCCAAUCACAGCCUGAACGUCCAGAGCUCAACGUUCAGUCUGCUGCGGGGCAUGAUCUCUCCUAUCCUAACUAGCAGUGAGCCGGACCUUGUCACCAUUCAGAAUAACCACUGCACAGAUGGGAGCAACAAGCUGAAGCGUGCACAAAGCAAUGAUCGCAAGCCCAGUCCCAAGUCGUUCGGCGGACUCAUGCGAGCUCUGCAUCUGCCGAAGAAGCUGGUGAAUAUGCGGAAAGAGCGGCAGCUCGGCCAGUCGUCAUCCCUCCCUACAUCUCCAUCUGCAAGCGAGAAGGAGCUGUCCAAAAGGCUUACAUCCAAAUAUUCAGCACAGCAAAUUCUCCGGUGGCAGCUCUCUCUAGCAGAAUGUCUGGAAGAUGAAGGUGGCUGUGCGGAGUUCACAAACUUUGUCGAUUCAGAGCACAGCGGCGAGAAUGUCCUGUUCUGGAAGUCUGUGCAGAAGUAUGCCAACAGCCCAAGCAAGAAUUUUGCACAGGACAUCUAUGAAGAGUUUGUUCAUGAUGAUGGCAUAUACCAGGUGAAUCUAGAGUACCAGAGUAGAAAGGAAAUCGAGGAUCAACUCAAUGAAGAAGAUGCCGAUGGAGUGCUGUUUGACAAUUCCCUCAAACAGAUCAUGGAUCUCAUGAGCCGAGACUCGUAUCGCAGAUUCCUCGCUUCUCCUGCAUUUGCGCGGAUCAAAGCGGAGGUGAUCAAUGAUCCCAGGCUCUCGCAGGGUUAGCGGAGGUGAUCAACGAUCCCAGGUUCUCGCAGGACUAGCAGAGGCGAUUGAUGAUCCCAGGCUCCCGCAGGGUCAGCUAUGCGAGCUCCGCUGCAACGCUCAUCAAAACAUUGACUGCUUCACAAAGCAGUCUCUUCCUAGGCAUUUCAGCACCGCUGCUUUAGAUCAUGCAUCAGUCCCUACAACUCCGCCGCUGCUUGUUCUUGCCCCGGCAGCCCGUAUGUGUUGGUGUGCAUGCGUCGUCAGCCCAUGCAUUCCCACCCGGUGCUAGUAAGCACGUGUGCUCCAUGAAAACGUCAACAAUGACAACCGACAUCCAUGAUACUCCCGACUCCCUGGCCCCGCUUGCGUGCGUGCGCACGCCGCACACACAUAUUUCUUUGAGCAGGUUUGACCUUAUCAUAGUGUAUAAGUUGACUAAUAAUCAUCAUACCCCAGUACAGUCGGGUUGAUCCAGGAUGAGCUGAGCGGUAUCGGAACUUUCUAACAUGCUUCUAUAUUUUAUGUGAUCUCUGAUACCUAUAAUAUUUCUGAUAUUUUAGAUUUUUAUGCGAUAUUUGUUGCGCAGCGACAAUGCAUGCGCGGCUGCCAAUGACCGCCUUUGUAAUAGACUGGCUGCUCUCACUGAUAGCAGAGAGG